AUGGUGAGGGCCCUAGUGGGAGAUGCUCUAGCCCAGAUGGUUCAAAACAUGGCAACUGCAGUUGAAGCACGGACAUCUUUUUCACUGACAAAUUUCUUGAAUGAAUUCCAAGGCUGUAAUUUACGCCUAUGUCCUCAUGUGACCGAUAAGACGACUAGCUUUACUAGGUUUAUGAGGGAUGAAAGCAAGCUUGGGCAGGGCCAAAAUGGGAUUACCAAAUUUAGUUACAACCACAAGUUAUGCUUUGUAAGGUAUUUCUCCAUGCUUACAAAGAAGGGUUUUUUGAAGAGGAAGCAGUUGUUUGUGCACCUCCAGGUGACUGACAUCUCACUGUGGACAAGAUCAGAGAGUUUUGAUGCAGGACUUCAAGUUCCUCAAUCUGCUGUGACAUCGUAUUUCAAAGAGCAAUCUUCUGGUAAGUGGGAACUCCAAUUACCAGAGGACACUGUCAGUAGAGAAUCUCAUCGUUGGCCUAUAGGCUUUGUGACCACUGGUUUUGUUCGAGGGAGCAAGAAGACAGUAGCACAAGCUUUUUGUGAGGCAGUACUACUUGCUCAUAUUAGAGGGGAACAAUGGGAUAUGAUGCCAGUUAAACGGAGACGGAAGGAAAUAUAUGUUCUCGUGAGGAAUUUGAGAUCCUCAGCAUAUAGACUAGCUCUUGCCACUAUCGUCCUGGAAGAUCAGGAAGAAGAUGUUGAAUUUCUGUGAAGUGCGACUUGUUGGCUGUGGUACAUUUAACGGACAACAUGCUAUGGGUCAUCUAACAUGAGCAUUCGUA